UGUCGCGCAUGCGCGGCGGACGGGCAGAGUGGGCGAAGCCGAGCCGAGCCGAGGGCAGUGGAGUGUCUGCGGCGACCGGGAGAUGGGGAGCAAGGAGCCGCAGAGCAACGAGCUGAUGCUCAAGUACGUGGGCGGCGGCGGCUGCUGCCCGGACAAGCCCGGUGUCCCCAGCUUCGGCUGGAGGAUCUGCCUGGCGCACGAGUUUACAGAGCGGAGGAAGCCGUUCGAGGCCACCGAUGUGUCGCUGUCGCAUAUGAUCAGUCACCUGGGCCUGGGAAUCCGGUAUUUGAAAUGGUGGUACAGGAAAACACGAAUAGAGAAGAAAGCACCAUUUAUUGACACAUUUAAUUCCAUACCUUUGCGACAGAUUUAUGGAGCUCCAUUGGGUGGUUUUGGAGGAGGCACUAUUACAAGAGGAUGGCGAGGAGAGUUCUGCAGAUGGCAACUAAAUCCAGGAAUGUAUACUUACGACACUGUGAUUGAGAACCAGUUUACUGUUUGCUUAAGAAAGAAUGGAACGACUGUUUAUCAACAAGUCCUUUCAGUUGAGAGGCCGCACAAGCUCCAGAGUUGGAAUUGGGGAUACUGUGGAGAGUAUGCUUUUUACCACGCCCUUUAUCCACGUGCUUGGACAAUUUACAAUCUUCCUGGGCAAAAUGUAACGCUAACAUGUCGGCAGAUAUCUCCAAUUAUUCCUCACAAUUAUAUGGACACUAGUUUACCAGUUGGGGUCUUUGUAUGGGAAAUUGAAAACCAAAAUGAACAUGACCUGGAAGUCUCCCUUAUGUUUACUCUGAGGAAUGGUACUGGGACCAAGGAUGAUCAAAGAGGGGGUCACUGGAAUGAACCAUUCCAUUUGGAUAAAGAAGAGAGCAUUUCGGGAGUGUUGUUGCAUCACUGCACACCUGUAAAUGGCUAUACAAUGGCAAUUUCAGCAAAACACACGCAAAGUGCAACGAUUAGUCAUCAGACUGAUUUUAAUCCGAAUGACUUGGGGCAAGACAUUUGGACGGACCUGCUUCAGGAUGGAAAAUUAGAUUCUCCACCCGGUAAAAGUAAACCAACAGAGAAAGGACAAAUUACUGCAGCAGCUGUUGCAGCUACGUGCAGUGUUCCAGCAAAAAGUCAAGGUGUUGUUGAGUUUUGUCUUGCAUGGGAUAUGCCCAAGAUCUAUUUUGGAUCGGGAGAAAAGGAACAUGCAAGAUGGUACACCCGCUUUUUUGGGACACAUGGUGAAGCUGCUCCUGCUUUAAGUCACUACUCGUUAGCUAAUUACAAACAAUGGGAGCAAAAGAUUGAUGAUUGGCAGCGUCCAAUUUUAGAAAAUCACCAAUUGCCUGACUGGUAUAAGUCAGCCCUAUUUAAUGAACUAUAUUUUUUAUCUGAUGGAGGGACUAUCUGGAUACAGGUGCCUGAUGAUUUAAAUAUAACAAAUGACUUCAGUAAUCAGACGGCUGGACUUCCACCUUUACCCAAAGUGCUGAAGGAAUAUGGGCGAUUUGCAUAUUUAGAAGGACAAGAAUAUCGAAUGUACAAUACAUAUGAUGUACAUUUUUAUGCAUCAUUUGCACUAAUCAUGCUGUGGCCCAAAUUAGAAAUUAGUCUCCAAUAUGAUAUCGCUGCUGUUGUAAUGAAGGAAGACUGUACACAACGAAUACACCUAAUGACUGGAAGAUUAGCAAAAGUGAAUACACUAAAUGUGGUUCCACAUGAUAUUGGAGAUCCAGAUGAUGAACCCUGGGAGAGAGUCAAUGCUUACUUGAUUCAUGACACAGCUGACUGGAAAGAUCUCAACUUGAAAUUUGUUCUACAAGUGUAUAGAGACUACUAUCUAACUGAUGAUGGCACUUACCUUGAAGACAUGUGGCCUGUCUGUCAGGCUGUCAUGGAGUCAGAGUUAAAGUUUGAUACUGAUGGAGAUGGACUUAUUGAAAAUUCUGGCUAUGCAGACCAGACAUAUGAUGGAUGGGCUGUAACAGGACCUAGCGCCUACUGUGGAGGGCUCUGGCUGGCAUCUGUCUGUGCUAUGUGCAAAAUGGCGGAGAUCCUGAAAAAAGAUGAUGAAUACAAAAAAUACCAAGAUAUACUAAAAAGAGGGAAAGAAGCAUUUGAAAGGUUAUUAUGGAAUGGUAAAUACUACAAUUAUGACAGCAGUAAAAAGUGCUAUUCAAACAGUGUGAUGUCAGACCAGUGUGCUGGACAGUGGUUUGUACGUGCCUGUGGCCUGGGAGAUGGUGAAUAUGAGGUAUUUCCAAAAUCUCAUAUACAAUGUGCACUAAAGACGAUUUUUGAAUUAAAUGUAAUGAGUUUUGCUAAUGGAUUAAUGGGAGCAGUGAAUGGAAUGCGACCUGAUGGUACAAUUGACACAUCCAGUGUCCAGUCAGAUGAAGUUUGGACAGGAGUGGUCUAUGGUCUGGCAGCCACAAUGAUACAAGAGGGACUUGUCAAUGAAGGUUUCAAAACUGCAGAAGGUGCCUACAGGACCGUGUGGGAACGGCUUGGCAUGGCUUUUCAGACCCCAGAAGCUUACUGCAAGAAGAACGUUUAUCGUUCGCUGGCAUAUAUGAGACCGUUAAGCAUUUGGAGUAUGCAAUUAGCACUAAACAAAAUACAUAACUGAGUCAACUGAUCCUUUAGUUAUCUUUUGAUGAUAUUGGUCAUUUUUAGGCCAUUUCUUAUUGUAUUCUUUUGCUUUGUUCAUUCAGUAAUGUACCACUGCUCGCAACUGCAAUUUUGGAUGUGUUCCAUAUACCAUUAUUAUUGUUUUAAAUGUAUUCAUGAAUGUAUUUAAAACAUGUAUAUUCCUUUUUGUUGCGUAAUUCCAAUAAUAAUUUUGAGUAAUAAUUCAUUGAGGAGCAUGCAUGAUUAUCUAGCUUUCAAUUAUAUCAAUUAAUAUCCUUAAAAAUAAAUAAUCGACCCUUUAUACUUGAGCAUUGGUAUAUCCAUUAAAAUAGAAUGGCUGAACAAUAAAAAUUGUAAUGCAGGGAAACUGACAUGUUAACAUAUUCAAAUCUAUAGAAAAUCCUCCGAUUUACUGUGGCUCUAUAUUUACCAUGAGAAUUGGCCUUUCAGUCAGCCAUGAUAGUUGUUAAUGUUAAUGCAAAAGUCAUGAUUAUUUUGGCACGGAACAAUUAUUAUUGUAGAGUGGCAGGUUAAUAUUUAAACGUUGUUUGCUUUCAGGCAUAAAGUGUCAAUGAUUCCUGAUUCAGAUCAAUCAAUUAUUAAAUUUGCUAAUAUUUUUAACCCAGAUUUCAAAUUUCAUUUCUGGUAAGAUUUGCUUUGAUUGCAAUGUCAAAAUUGAAAAAUAUAGUAUCUAUGAAUAUGUAAGGUCAUGAACAGCAUAUUUGCACAUUUAUUUAUAUAAUCGGUCAAAAUUGGGAAACAAAUAGUUGUGAAUAUAUUGAUUUAAAGUAUUUCUGCUUGUAUUCCUAGUUUAACUGAAACAAAGAGGCUUAAAUAAGGCACUUCUAUUCGGGUUAAUUUUAGAUAUACUUUUGUGUACAUAGCAAAUAUUUAACACCAAAUGAAUUGUCUGAUUUAAAUCCACAAAGAAUAAAAUGAUCUGUACAUUUUGACUGUUUGCAAAUUGUUUAUAGGAUUUUUUUGUCGACUUAAACUUGAAUACAGUUGAGUAAAUAAUAAUUUAGAACAAA